AUCAAUUUAAAGCAGAUUCGUCUUCACUUUGCCAAUAUGGCAACGGAAUAUAAAAUAUUAAUUAUAUUUCCAUUGUUAUUCACUGUGGUUUGGGGAGGAAAUGGCCCGUCUUCAAAGGAAAUAACAUACGACGGAUCUAAAGAUUUGUCUUCUGGUAUAAAUGUCAUGUGGAAAGUAGAAGAAAAGAGUAUUGUUCUGAAGUUGAAAUACAUAGCAACAGGAUGGGUUGGCAUUGGAUUUUCGAAAUCAAAACAUCCAGACAGUAUGGCUGAUUCUGAUAUCAUAAUCGGCUGGGUUACUAUGGACAAAGCGUUUGUGUUGGACGCUUACUCCAAGGAAAAUGGCGUUCCGGAUGUUGAUAAAAAAUCCGAAGUAGAGCUGAUUAGUGGAAAGGAAGAAUCUGGCUACACCACAAUUGUUUUCAGAAGACCAAUCGUUGCGAUGAAUGAUGACGACGUUACCAUUGAAAAAGGAGAAAUUGGAAUUCUUUGGGCGUAUGGUAGAUCGGAUGGUACAGGAAAAACUUUGAGCUCUGCAAAUUACCAUGCAAGAAGAGGUCAUACAAGUUUAACAUUAAUACCCGCAGACGAAAGUGUUAGUGAACCAAGUGUUCCAGGUCCAGUUAGACUCGGUUCUCCAAAAGGGGUUGAAGAUCAUGAUGACGACGAUGAUGAUGACCACGAAGAAUCUCAUGAACAUGAUGAUGAGGAGCUAAAUCAUUUCAUUUAUCUUGAUGCAGACAAGAAACUUUUUCUCCGGUGGGGAGUCAAAGAUCAAGAAAUUACUUUUAAGUUGAAAGGAGAAACUCUGGGAUGGAUGGGAAUAGGACUAUCACCCGACCAUGAAAUGCGCAAUGCCGAUAUCACUAUGGUUGGAGUUAACCGAGCAGGAGAAGCAUAUGCAUACGAUUGUUUCGCAACUGAGAAUACUGUUCCUGCGGUUGACAAAACUCAGAACGUUGAAAUCCUUGAAUAUGAUCAGACUGAUACUCAUACAACAGUCGCAUUCAAAAGAGCUCUUGUUACAAAUGAUGAAAACGGAGAAGAUCGGUCGAUCCAGAAUGCUGAUACGUAUUUCAUAUGGGCUUAUGGAUUGUAUGACGUAGUAGGAGCACCGGGUACUAUCAACUAUCAUUUUAGACGGAGAGGAUAUCUAAAAUUGAAUCUGCUUCAUGGAAUGGGAGAAGAAAUGAAACCAGUCGAAAGUCCGAAAUCGCCAGAAGGUGUGGAAACGGGAACGCCAGAACUACCAGAAGGAUUCAUGUACGUUCGAGGAUACCAAAAACUUGAUGAAGCCGGAGAAGUGGUUCUUCAAUGGGGUUCUGCUUAUUAUUCGGAAGCAUUGAUGUAUAUACAGAUUUCCGCCCCAACAACAGGGUGGGUCGGAUUUGGGCUAUCACCUGGCGAUUCUAUGAAGGAUUCUGAUUUAGCUGUGGCAGGAAUAAAAGACGGAACCUCGUACAUUUUUGACUUAUAUGCUACAAAAAAUACUUUGCCAAUGGUUGAUGCAAAACAAGAUAUCACGCUAAUUCAAGCCGUUGAAGAUGGGCCAAGAACCAUCGUUAUGCUAUUGAAAAAAUACAAAAGCGAGGACACAGAAAAUGACAUUAACAUCGUGGCAGGAAAAAUGAAUGUACUUUGGGCUUAUGGACAAACAGAUGUCGAUGGAACGCUGACUGGAAUGAAUUAUCACGGACGAAACAGAGGGCACGCUGAAGUGGAAUUUAUACCGAGUGAUCCUAGCCUUAUUCCAAUGGAUGGACAUUCACCCGGAAGUCCGAAGUCACCAAAAUUAGGAACUGGAACAGACAGUCCCGACUCUAUAAAAUCGCCAAAGACUCCAGGUGUGACUGGAAUGUCACCACCAAGCCAGUCAGGACCUGGUAUAGCAAAAUCUCCAAUUAGUCCGGAUAGUCCAGAUACUGGUACGUCUCAUACUCCUGUGGGUCCAAAUAACAUUAGAUCGCCGAUGAGUCCUAAUACUGGCAAGUCUCCACAAAGUCCGGAAAGUCCAAAGAAACCUCCUCAGAUAAGCAGACCGGUUCGACGUAAAAGAAUUUUCCAGGGUGGCGCUACGGAUAUUGACAAAUUGUUUGACGACGAUAAAAUGUAUAAACAGGCAGUUUUAAAUGAGGCUCAUAAAGUGAAUCUCAAAUGGGCUUAUAAUAAGGACAACAUUGUGUUUCAGAUAUCGAUUCUCACAAAUGGAUGGAUUGGAGUGGGCUUCUCACCAGGACCGAAUAUGGCCAAGGCAGAUAUUGUUAUUUCAGGAGUACGAAGGGAUGGAGUAUAUGCACUAGACGCAUACGCAUCCAGGAAUGGUAAACCACAGAUUGAUUUGUCACAAGAUAUAAAGGUUCUCAGAUACGUAGAAACUGAAGGCGUAACGACAGUUACGUUUGCAAGGAAACUGGAUACAAUGGAUUCUAUGGAUAACAAGAUUGGUGACAGUAAGUACGUGAUAUGGGCAUAUGGAAGAGCUGAUUUUGCAAAGAAGCCAAGAAACUUCUAUCAUGGAUCCAACAGAGGAUCAAAAAUGCUGACUCUGAUUGAUGGUCCAGGUGGCUUGGCGGCAGAUUUUAAAAUGAAUCCAUUAGUUCUUGUACCAGGAAAGUUGAAGUAGAGAAAGCGAAUGUAUUCGAUUCAGCAGAAAGACAAAAACUCAUGCUAGUUAAUACUAAUGCCUCAUCGUUUUUACAUUUAGAUAGUUAUUAAUGAAACACUAAAUGGAAUUAGGCUAAAUGAUUGUAUAACGUUAGAUAGGUUUUCAAUUGUAUAAUCUCUUAUU